UGUGUGUGUGACAAAGCGAGAGAGGAACAUAAAUCUACAGUUUGGAAAAAGGCAGAUUUUUUUUGCAUGAGAACAGCUGUAAGCGGAGUAGUGGAGCACAUUUGCGAUUUGUAAAUCCCUAUUUGGAGCAGCCGUGCAGGCCCUGAGUGGCAGAAUGCUCAUUAUGUAUUGUCAUGUUGAUCCAGAAAGAAUCCGAUAGCUCCUUCACCCUGCUCCCAACCCCCAAUCCGCUGCUCAGCAGUAAGUGUGUGUGUGUGUGUGUGUGUGAGAGAGAGAUCCGCUGAGUUCAGCCAAGCGCAACACAAUGUAGUGGUGUUUGAUCCACGUGCCAUCCACACACGCCAUCUGCUGCAGUGGCAGUAUCACAGUCACACACGCCUGUACACACACACCCACAUACACACACAUACACACACACACAGAAAAAAAACACAUGUGACAGUUGCACACACACACAGUAACACAAACGCAUAUGCACGCUUAAGCACAUAAUUUGAAGGUCAGCAUUCAUGUCAUGUUUUUUUUUUGUCUGAACAACCCUAUUUACAGUGGAUAUAUAAUUCAGACAAAUAAAAACACAUAAUUUCUCAGUGCACACAUGCAUACAUUAUAUACCCUAAGAAAUACUUCCAUCUCUCAAGACAGUGUGAGGGAGAUCAUGACCGAAGAAUUGUGUGUGAGAGUUUAUAUGCAUGAAUAUGAGUUUGUAUGCAUGCAUGCAUGUGAGAGCUGAUGUGAGUGUGUGUGUGUGUGUGGGGGGGGUUAAAUAAGUGACUGGGGAGAUGAGAUCAGGGAUUUAGGAGCACAUAAAAUUACAUCCACACGUGCAGUUCAUGUUACAUAAGCUGUAGUGCUACUGCUGUCUGCCUAAUGCACUGAAGGAGCCAGAGAGAGAGAUAGAGAUGGAUAGAGAGGGAGGGAUAGAGAGGAAGAGUGAGAGAGAGAGCAACAGAAGGGAGGAAAACAAACACUGGAGUACAGGGAGCUCAGAGCCACGCAGGAUCAUGCCUCUCUUCAUGCCUCUCUUCCUGUGUGUUUCUCUCAACCCUCCCAUCCACACCGGCACGGACCCGGACCAUAUCUAAGGGUAUCACAGGUUGUCAGUCUUAACACUGCCUCAGGAUAUCUGACAUUUCGCAUUGAAGACCAGUGUCAUAGCCCUGCUAGGAAAUGCUUGACCCGGUGGUACUCACCUGAUUCGGCCAAGGCUUCUGGGACACCUGCAGGACGUUUGUUGUUGUCCACAGAUCGGCAACCCCUCGGGAUGGGGGUGUUGUGGCCCCAGCUGCUUUGGACAGUGUGUGGGGUGAGUGUGGGAGUCUCGUCAACUUUAGGGGCAUCCGUGAGCCCCAUCCUGCUACAGACCACCGCAGAGCCCACUGUGAGGGAGGAACUGCCUAAUGCUACAGAGACAACCAGCAACACUGACACAGAACUGAGCUGUGUGUCCCUGUUGCCCCCGCGGCGGGGGUCAUACUACGUGGAGCAUGGCACAGGGGUGUCCCUGGGCUCUGUGCUGGUGUUCUGGUGCAGGGAGGGCUAUCAGCUUGUGGGGAGAGAGAGGGUCUCCUGCAUCCUCCAGACCCGCGCUGCCAAAUGGAGCCACCCUCGUCCAGAUUGUGAAGGACUACCCAAACUAGACGACCACGGUCUCCGCAUGGCUAUAGUGGUCUCUUCAGUCAGCGGUGUGGUCAUCAUCUCUCUGACGGUGGCGUUUGUGAUGUGUUGCAUGCGGGAUCAGCAGCAGGUGAAGAAGAAAAAGCCGCAACGCACUGGGAGGACCAGGGCUAGGCAGAAACGGAGGAACACAUCCCGGAGGAGUGCGGCUUGGUUGGAGAGAGAACCUGGGGACUGGGAGGUGUUCCCCCCACCCAAGAUCUUCAAUCUGUCCCAGCAGCUAGAGCCCAACGCCGCCACGGGCAGUCCUGCCUAUUCGGGGUCCACCCGAGGAUACGAGAACAGGGGCUACCACAGGAGUCAGGACAGCCUGAGGAGGACUCCUGCGGGGCAGUUCUACUCUGAGACCCAGCUCUACCCCCACCUGGUGCUCCAAAGGGCUGCGCCUGGCAGCCCCGUCUACCUGCACAUCUCUGCACCCCCGACCCUCAAGGCCCAGCAGCGCCCUCCUGUCUAGACUCCCCACUCUUUUUGUUCUAGAUCUUUCUCUGGGGUAAAUGAGGUCCCUACACAUUGGAACUGUCCAUGUUGUGUACAAUUCACUGACUUCUGGCUGGUGAAGUCCACCAUAUAGCCGGGAAUGCAAAACAAGCACUUUGUUUUUUAAGGAGUUUUUCUGCCAAGCACUUUUGCAGUCCUCUGUCAUGGGGGCAACUGCUGUUUCAAAUUACCUCUCCUGCCUGCCUGUCUACCUGACACUCUGUUUUCCAAAGACCCUCCCUUGUAUUUUCAAAGAAGAUCAUCACUGGCUCACAGGGACAGUAGCCCAGGUAUAAAUCAAAAGGGUUGAGAUUGGGUUGAGAUUGUCAUUUCCAGCUAUCUAUCAAGCUGUGACUAGCACUCUCUGGAAGAGACUGCUACCUGGAACCCUCUCCUGUGAUUUUGUUUCCCUGUUAUUCAAAAGGCCAAAACAUUAUUAUAUUGUUUGUGCUACGUACAAAUCAUUUUUCUCUUGCUAACUUUUUUUGUCACACUGGUCCUUUUAGAUUGCACCUGUACAAAACCAAGAGAGUUUAAACUAAAUAAAUGUACUUAAUGAAAUCCAUUAGUUUGUCAUAUUCUUUUGUU